UGUGGCGCAUUCCACAGCACAGCGGAGUCGCGCGCUGGCCAAGUGCGACAGGACUGCGCCGUUACUCCCCGAAGAUCACCAGGUAUUGUUUCUUGUCCCACAUUUCAAUUUAACUUGAUGUAACUUUCAACUAAAACGUUCUAGGCAUAAAAUAAAUAAACUAUUUAUUUUGUACUUUGGAAAGCGACCUGAAGGGGAGAGUUUCGCACCUUUAGAAAGUUUUUCAUGAACUGCUAUUGAAAAUGACUGAAUUCUUCUCGGCAAUGGACACAGAGAAAAACUGCCAACCUAAUGUCCUCAAACAAGAGUCAGAUCAAAGUCUUGAUUCUCCUAAGAGCCCGCCCCUGGAUUUGAUCGACACGGGAAAAGCUCUGAAGGUACAAACAACCACCCCUCACCUGGUCAGCCUUGGUAGCGGAAGACUCAGUGUUGCCAUUACGCUGUUACCUUUGAAGGAGGGAAUGACAUGCAUUGGCCGUGAUGAUGCUCCUGUACCUCAGGACAUCACUAUCGAGGGACCUGGAAUCGAGGCGGAACACUGCAAAAUCGAGAACAAAGGAGGGAUUGUCAUUCUUGACCCCUGCGGACACCUGUGUUCACUCGAUGGCGUUCCUGUCACCAGACCCACACAACUUACACAAGGUUACACUCUCUGUCUUGGUAAAUCCUACAUCUUUCGUUUUAACCAUCCAGAGGAGGCAAAUCGACUGAAAAGCAUGAUGCCUCAGAAGAGCCCCAUUUCUCCGUUGGUGUACAGCACAGAUUAUCUGAAAUUUAGUAGUGACUUUAGUCACUGCCUAGGUCGAACCAGCACUAGAGGGAUGCGCUCUGUCUCCGAGUUGCGGGAUUUGAUGGACACUUUACAGAAAAAGAAGCAGGCCCUGGAGAACAGCUUACGCGCCAAUGGUGACUCUAGCCCCUCCUACUUCACCAUGACACAGUCUCCACCCACCACGCCCAAUAUGUUGUCACCCGUCACUAACUCGUCCCCAAUACCACCCUAUCAGGAACAAGCCAGGCGGUUGUAUAACUCAGAUCGGCCACCACUGGGAACCAAAGUUCCUGUCCACACACCUAAAAGUAUGCCUCCAUCUCCCCGCCGUUCUGAUCCCCGAGAGCGAGACACCUCACUUUCUUACUCCCGACCCAUGAUGCGCAACCAAUCUCAGGACAGUCUUCUCAACAGUACGUCGGAGAGUCGCCGUACUGUGACCUCAGGUUCUGUUCUCUCAAGUUCUCUUCCCCCCACACCAGGGGGCUCAAGUGGGGCAGCCAGCAUGCCCUCCAGCCCCCGCCUGGCUCGCAAAUUCUAUACCCCAGACAUGAGCCACAACGGAGGACUCGAUCCUACUCCACGACAAAGGAAGUAUUCCGCUGGGUCGCUUACAAGCAUGGGCUCACAUAGCCGCUCCUUACCGCGGCUGUAUCGACCUGCCGAAAGCCAUCUCACCCUUCACUCAACCUAUCGAUCACAAGACCGCCCCUCUUCUCGCCAAGCUGGCAGCCCUGAAGCCAACCACCUGAACGGUCAUCCAGAGGUGGUCUGCAUUUCCUUGUCCACCAAACCAGCUGCCAAUUACACCAUGGCCCCUCCUGAUGUCACAAUGACCUCAGAAGAGACCACUAGUCCUCGGCAGGCCAAGAAGGUUAGCUUGACAUCUGUCAGCUCCUGUUCCGAUUUGGAUCAGCAAAGUCUACGUGGUCCCUCCCCGGCACUGGAGUUUAGUUUCGGGGAGAGGAGGCAGUCAUUUGGGAAGGCAGGGAUUGGACCACAUGGAGGCUUCCGGGAGAGGAAGGGGAGCAUCAGCUCUCUGAGUGGAAAGGAAGAACUUCAAGACUAUCAUCAAAGACAGAGAGAUGAAAGACUGCGGGAACAGGAAGUGGAGAGGCUGGAACGUCAGCGAUUGGAGACUAUCCUGAGUCUGUGCUCAGAAUUGGGCUGUGCGGAGCAGAGCAAAACUGGCUCUGCCGUCACAGACUUGGAGAAAAUCAACAAGGAGCUGGAAAAAUUACAAGUGUCAGAUGACGAGUCUACGUUUUCAGAUUCUGCAAGUCUUUCGGCCAGCUUUUCUACUGAGAACGACUACGGGUCCAAAACCAGGGAGUCCCAGGCUAGUGUGGAGAGACAGGUACGGCAGCGCCGGAUCAGUGGACAGAGAGAAAUUAGGGCGGAGUCAACAAGUGUGUUUAGCUCUGGCCCUGCACCUUCUUCUUGGCUGAUACGGACCAACAAGCAGGCACCUGAGGAUGAAGCACAGCUGAAGCUGGAAGUGAGACGUAUCGAGGAGGAAAGAAUCCAGGUCCUGAAUAAUAUGGAUGAAUUGGAGCUGAAGAUCAAAGACUUGGACAACCAGAUGGAGGAGUCCAUCAGAGAGCUGGAUGUGGAGAGCGCUCUGUUGGAGGGUGAACAGGAUUCAGAAACAACUCAACUGCAGCAGGAGAGAGAUGCUUUGGAGAAACUUAAGGACAAGAUGGCUGACAUCGAAAACAAAGCACAGACGGAAAAAUCUCAGGACAAAGUCAAGCUAGAUGCGGAGCGCGUAAAGUUAGAGCGCCUGGUGCAUCUGCUAGCAGAGCAGAAGACUCAUUUGGACACCUGCCCUGAAGCCCUGAAAGAGCAACUUCAGCUGCAGUUCAGCAGGGAUGCAGAGACGCUGGAGGUGGAGACCAAGCGUUUUGAAGAUCUGGAGUUUCAACAGCUGGAACGAGAGAGUCGUCAGGAUGAGGAGAAGGAGACAAAGACUCAGCAGAUUCUCAGGGAGAUCGCUGAAUUUCAGCGCUGCACCGUCACGAGGAAGGAAAGGCUCAUGGCCCUGAAGAAACAAUGCACACAGAUUUCCCAGCAGGCUGAAAGGGACAAAGAAAACUUCCUGAAGGAAAAGACUAAUCUUCAGAUGAUGCUACAUCGGGAAAAGGAGAAUCUCGUCAUUUUAGAGAAGAGAUAUUCAGUGCUCACCGGGACCCUUGGAUUUCCUGUCAGUCCCAGCAGUAUGAAGGAGGACUGCAUCCAAUUGGCUGACGUGUGUCUGCCCCAUAGCGAAUUUUGCCAUGCCCACAAAACCCUGUCUGCCCUUCCUGCCGACCUGCUGAUGUUUUCUUCCCUUCUUUCCUCUCUGUCUAUCAAAAACGCAGAGGGCUAUGUUACAGUCACUGAGAUCAGUGAACUUUACUCUCGACUGGGGGUAGAGCCCACCCCUGCCCCUCUCCCUAACCAAGCCCAGCUCUCCCCUGACGCCCCUUCCACAGGGACUGAGCCCAGCCCUGACCCCAGUCCUGCAGAGAGCACUGCCCCGCCAGGAGAGGGUGAGCAUUUCCGCACCUUGGAGGAAAGGAAGCGCUAUGAUAAGGAGGGCGGAGCUCAUUUGAGUGACACUCUUCCCAGGAAGAAGACCCAGCCCACUGUAGCACCACAGUUCACAUGUGCAACGCUUGGUCGUAACAUACCCUCAAAAUUUCAUGCACCUUUAACUCAAAGCUCCAGCUGUGGAAGUGUGUUGAAUCGAGCUCUCGCCAUCUCCCCUAAAGAGACACAAGUGGAAACGCACCGUCUGCACAAGGGACACAGUCAGCAGCACAUCAGCGAGGACCACAGAACAAGGUCGAGUAACUUAAGCGGCCGUGCUUCCUCACAGACCAAUGUUUAUCUCGACACCUUCGGUUACCAAGACAAGAGCCGUGCCUUUGACACACUGAGCGUGGACAGCUCAGACAGCAUGGAGACCAGCAUCUCCGCCUGUUCACCUGACAAUGUGUCCAGUGCCAGCACCAACGUUUCGAAGAUGGAGGAGAUGGAACGUCUUCUGAAAGAGGCUCAGGCUGAUAGAAACAAGCUACUGGAACACAGGGAGAGAGAGAUGGAGAACAAGAGUCGAGCUCUUGAUGAGGAGAGGAGACGACGAGAGGAGCUUGAAAAGAGAUUGCAGGAAGAAACCAGCAGGAGGCAGAAGCUCAUCGAGAGAGAGGUGAAACUUCGUGAGAAACAGCGAGCACAGUCUCGUCCGCUGACACGCUACCUACCAGUAAGAAAAGACGACUUCGACCUUCGCGCCCACAUCGAUUCGGCCGGCCACAACGCAGAGACCUGUUUCCACGUCUCCAUCACAGAGAAAACCUGCAGGGGCUUUCUCAUAAAGAUGGGCGGCAAAAUCAAAACCUGGAAGAAGCGCUGGUUUGUCUUUGACCGCAACCGGAGGACGUUGUCUUACUAUGCAGAUAAACAUGAGGCCAAACUAAAAGGAGUGAUUUAUUUCCAAGCCAUAGAGGAAGUCUAUUAUGACCAUUUAAAGAGUGCUCACAAGAGUCCAAACCCUUCUCUAACAUUCAGUGUCAAGACUCAUGAUCGUGUGUACUACAUGGUGGCGCCCUCUCCAGAAGCCAUGAGAAUCUGGAUGGAUGUCAUCGUGACAGGGGCGGAGGGAUACACACACUUCAUGAUUUAGACGUUGAACAGGAGAGGAACGUGUGCAGCGUGUGGAUUAAAACCAAGAGACUUAUUCCACACUCUUACGUUUUCUGGCUAUAGUAUUGACCACUUAACGCUAGACUGAUUUUAUCUGUUGCUAUUAUUUUUCUCUUAUCUGUUAUGAUCUAUUUUAGACACGCGGAGUGUUCUUCUCACCUACUUUUUACCCAACUUGAACUUUUACUUGGCAGCCCAGAGGACGGAGCACAUAUCCUAUAAUUACAAAUGCAAGUGUGUGUCCUGUACGUUUGUCUGUGUAUAUGUGUGUAUAAAGAGUGUUAUAUGAUAUUCGGUGCCAAUGUGCCACGUUGUGUGUGGUCUGUUUGUUAGCUUGUGUACAGGGCCUCAGGGACACACACUUUAUAUCCAUAAACAGUUGUCAGCUGUUCUGCCAAAGAUGAGAACACACUGUUCACAUGUUGUAGAGAGUUUAUGUAUAGAUGCAUGAGUGUGGAUGUAGUGCCUUCAGAUUUGUGUCAUGCUGAUAUUCCUUUAUACUCGAUUUGAUACUCAUAGGUGCUAUACGACAUACAAAGAUGUAGAUAUAUUCAAGAUGAAAGCUGUUCUAACGCCGCAGUUAUUCAUUAAAGCAUUCUUCAGUAACACUAAAGCAACCUGGAAUUCAGGUAUUACACUCCAAAGGUUAAAUACCACUUUCUUUGUUAAAUUUGGGCACACGGAAGCCCGGUUUUUCCGAUAUGUUUAAUGUAUUUUUUAAUGUUUUAAUCGGUGCAUAAUUUCAAUAUGGACUAUUAAGUGCUGUUUGGCCCAUUUGCAGGCUAUGAUUACUUCUAUUUGGUUUGCAUAAAAUAUUCUGUUGCACAGAUUUCAUGUUGCACCGUUAAACCAAAUUUGGUAAAGAUUGGUUGAGAUUUCCAUUCCCCAGUUAAACAUUUAAUACAAGCAUUGCGUUAACAAUGCAAGGUUGUGGGUUCGAACCCAGGGGAUUGCAUAUACCGAAGUAAAAUGUGUAUGAUAAUGCAAUGUAAGUCGCUUUGGAUAAAGCGUCUGCCAAAUGCAUAAAUGUAAAUGCAACUCAAACUGGAUUUAAACUAACUUCAUUACGACCAGCAGGGGGCGACACCUGUAUGAUAUUUACAUGCUCCACACAAGCCUUAUCUGUGAAUUAUGCUGUGGUAUAUUUUUAAAGAAUUGACUAUCAUGUUCAUACUCACUUAUGCAAGUAUUUAUACUACCGUGCAUGCACCUUUAUCUUUGCAUGCGGCAAAAUAAAGCAAAUGUAUAUUGUU